GCUGCGGUGAUGGAGCGACGCUGGUGAACUCAACUCGACGCCCAGCAACACACUGCAAGCCCGCAUCUUUACGGGGCCUUGCCCUUUCCUACUGUUUUUUCCGUUGGCGUGCUUUGAUCGUCAUGACGGAGAAUGCACAGCGCGGUGGCCCAUCGUGGACGUACACGCAAGACUUCUACACAAUGGCGCUCGCCGGGACCUGCCUGAAGGUAUUCACGGAUGAGAUGAAAGGAAAAGGGCUGUGCGCCACGCGAGCCAUCGCGGCAGACGACGUCGUCCAUGAGGAGACGGCGCUGUGCUGCUCGCAGAACAUGGAUGACUACAACAUCGGCGUGCAGGUGUGCGCCUUCUGUCUGAAGUCACUCGAGACACCUCGGACGCAGGUGGCGCGCAACGCACACUGCAGAAAGGCAGCUCUGGCCCUGCCGCAUCACCAGCUGCACAUGCCGGAGUCCGCCGUUCCGUGUCUUUGGAGGGAGACAGGGUGCACCGAUCUGUUCUGCAGCGCGCGCUGUCGCGAGGCGGCCACUCAGAAGUUUCACUGGGUUUCUUGUGCGGGCCGCCUUACAGCAGAGCAGCAAGCAGCACGCCGUGAAUUCCUCCAGUACGACUGGGUGCAGAACGGCGUAGACUUCAGCGACACCGCCAUGGUGGGCUUCCGCAUUGUGGCUCAGGUGUUGUGUGCGCACCGCCUGCACGGCUGCUCCAUGAGCGAGGGCUUCGCCCCUUACGCGCAGCUCAUUCGCUCUCCUCUCGCGUCCUUUUAUUUUAGUUAUUUGCUACUCGACAACGUGCCAACGGCCGCGUCGUCUACUGCGGAGGUGGCUGCCCACGCUGCGGCCGUCAAGGCAAGCAAAUCAGAUCCGAUGGCCAUCCCAGAGGUGAGGGCUGCGUACACUGUGGAAGGACGCAGUAAGGCGGCGAUGUGCAAGGAGGGCGUGGCAUUGCUGCAGCGCCUGUUCGAUAUGAGCGAUGAGGAGCGAUCCUACUUGAAUGCAUCGCGGUGGUCGGAGCUGCUGGGGGCGGUGCUGCUGAACGGCCAGGAUCGUUCGCCGCCGUCGCCCUACGACCUGCACCGCGAUCUCGUCGCGUGCCUACCAGACGGCGAAGCCCUCAUGAAGGAGUUUGAGCAUAACGUGUUGCAGACGAGCUCUUUGACCGACGCCGCGGACCUCUCGCACAGCUCUCGAGGACAGGGCAUCUACGGCGUGGGCUGCCUCUUCAACCACUCGUGCGACCCGAAUCUGAACGUACAGUACGCCGCUGUCAACGACGAGACGCUUUCGGUGGUGGCGCUGCGCGACAUUGCGGCCGGCGAGGAGCUCACGAUCAGCUACAUCGACACGUCGCUGCCCUACGCGGUGCGGCAACAACAGCUCCUCGAUCAUUAUCUCUUCGAGUGCAAAUGCCCUCGUUGCCGAUGUGAAUCAAGCGAGAACAAACUCUUCACUUGA